AAUAAGCAUACUCCGGGAGCAUCACGUGAAGACGUAUAGAUAAACCUGCGAAAACGGCGCGGUCACGUGACUGUGUAGAACGGCCGCCCCGAGAAUCUAUGGCUACUAUAGGAUUUCUCAGCGACGGGGAGACGAGAAGACGGCAAUAUUCAAACUGAUCUCUUCAAUCCUGGAUUGAAUAUUCUGGAAUUAGUCAAUAUACCAUGCCUGCAGUUUAUUUGGUGCUCUGAAUGGCUGUUGGAAAGGAAUGUACAGUCUGAUGGCCAAUUGCUGCAGCUGGCUAAAACGGUGGCGAGAACCCCUCAGGAAGGUGACAUUGAUCAUGGUGGGUCUUGAUAAUGCUGGGAAAACUGCAACAGUAAAAGGAAUCCAAGGAGAAUCCCCUGAAGAUGUGGCUCCAACAGUUGGAUUUUCUAAAAUCGAUCUUAAACAACAAUGGUUUGAAGUCACAAUUUUUGACUUAGGAGGUGGAAAACGUAUUCGGGGCAUUUGGAAAAAUUACUAUGCUGAAUCCUAUGGAGUAAUAUUUGUUGUGGAUUCAAGUGAUGUGGAAAGAAUGGAAGAGACAAAAGAUACAAUUUCAGAAGUUCUAAGACAUCCUAAGAUAUCAGGGAAACCUGUAUUAGUAUUAGCAAAUAAACAAGACAAAGAAGGUGCCUUGGCAGAAGCAGAUGUGAUUGAAUAUUUAUCUCUUGAAAAGCUUGUCAAUGAGCACAAAUGCCUGUGUCAGAUUGAGCCUUGUUCUGCUAUUGUGGGCUAUGGAAGAAAAAUCGACAAAUCAAUAAAGAAAGGUUUACUUUGGCUGUUGCACACUAUAGCAAAAGAUUUUGAUGCCUUACAUGAAAGAAUUCAGAAAGACAUCACAGAACAAAAAGUCAUUGAAGAGCAAGAGAAACGAGAGCGAGCAGAAAGAGUGAAGAAGAUAAGGAAAGAAAGAGAACAAAAAGAGAGAGAAGAAAAUGAACGGGAAGGAAGGAGCAUUUUGGAUGAAGACGACUCUGAGCCUGUAACUGGAAACCCGUUUCAGGCCAUAUCAACUAUAAUCACUAAGAAUGAAAAGAAAAUUGAAAAAGAGAAGAAGAGGCAAAGGGAAGAGAAUGAAAAGAUUGCUAUUGGCUUGAAACCUAAAACAAAUCAGGAGAUAAUAGAUGUUCAGAGUCUGAACAGUGAACAAUCCAACGAACAGAGACUGAUAGAAAACUAUAAAUCUGCAAUAACACAACAAAUAGAACACGAAGAUGAGAAUGACCAGCAGAUCUCAGAAAGUCUUGACUCUGGUGAUAAUGCCACUUUGAAUCCAGGAACAGAAAACAGUAAAAAGAAAGCAAAGAAACUAAAAUUAAAAAGGAAUCAUCGAGUUGAGCCAGUCAAUUCAGAAGAAAUUGUUUCCCCACUUCCUACUCCAAUUGCAAUUCAUGCACCAGUUGGAUGGGAAACACCAAAAGUUAACAGAAUUCGAAAACUUGAGCCCCUUGGUGAAACUCAUCAUAAUGGAGUAUAAAGAAAAGAAAAUGAGAGAAAGGACAAAAAAAAAGAGGUAGGCAGGAGAAGGGCCAUGUUUUUGGAUUAUAAUCUUUUUGCUCUUAACUAUCGGCCUGAUUGUAUCUGGGGUUAAAGUUGUCAUUUCUUGGACAAUAUUUUUGUUAUUUAGUGGGAUAAAAUUAUUCUUACGCAAUAAAUACUUCUGAUAGCAAUAAAUCAAGUUUGUGAAGUUGUACAGAUGAGAUAUUUCCUAUAAGCUUGAUUUUCAACUCGCUCAAAAAAUACAAUUACUUUCAAUUUUGCAUGUACUUUCAAUUUUUGUCAAUAUUUCACUUGAAAACAUGACAACUUUGAGAUGAUGAAAGAGAUACAGAAAGAGAUCUAGAAUUUUAGAUUUUUAGCUUCCUUGUAAUUGAACUUUUCUAUAAUUUAGGCCUUAAAAAACACAAAUAUACACCCAAUUUUAUUCUUCCUUGUUAAAUAUUUUUCUAUAGUUUUAUUCUUGUUGUUUUUAAAUAAAAUUAUAUUUAGGUUUAAAUCAGCUACUAAGUGACGUUGCGUUUCUUGAGUAAGAGACCAGUUUCAGUCAUCAGUCUUUAGAAAAAGGAAAGGGAGUUGCGAAAUUCUGAUCAGGCUGGGCAAAAGGAACUAUAGUGGGGAAGGAGCACAAUGAUCCUUACCUCCAGAAUCUUAAAUAUCAGGGAAAAUUUAGCAACAGAAUAGAGAAGUCACAAUUCCAAACUAUAGAAUUAUUAGAUACAGAUAUUCCUCCCUUAAAAACUGCAACUUUAUCUCUAAGCAGUGCGAUUGUUAAAUGAAACAUUAUGACUACACCUGACUUACGACAUUAGCUCUACUGCAGUGAUUAAGCAGAUCACUCAUGGUUAAGUGUGGUGUCACAUGAUUGUGACUUACAACUUAAUGCCAGCUGUCCUGCUAACUUUGCUUGUCAGAAGCUGGCUGUACUGAUCCCAAUGGUGAUUUUUAUUACCAUUGGACACUGCAACAAUCAUAGAUGUGUGCCACUUGCAAAGCCCAUCAGUUUGACUACAGAUAUGCCAUGACAGCCAUAUGUUGCACUCAUGUAUCAGCUGUGAAAAGGGCAAAAUCUGUCCUGGUGAUCAUUAGAAAAGAGACAGAAAAUAAAAUUGAAAACAUUGACAUUCCUUUAUAGUAAUUUGGUAUAUUUGCAUCUGGAAUGCUGUGAUCAGUUUGUCAGCAUGUUUUUAAAAGGACUAUAAUAUUUUUGGGAAAAGUGAAGAUUAUGGAAAUGAAAACUACUAGGGUCUUGAACCCCUUCCUUAUGAGAAAGUCUAGAACAUAUUUAAUUUAGAAAAAGUAUAAGUGACUGGAGACUAAGUUAAAAAUUGAGGUACAUAAUAUCAUGCAAUAGAUGGAGAAAGUGAAGUGAAAUUUUUCCUCCUUUCCCCCAGGAGCCAUACUGUGAACCUGACUGAAGGUUUUAGAAAAAGUACUUUGAUACACAACAAUCAAUUUUUGGAAUUCAGUAUUGCAAGAUGUGAUGUUCAGUAAUUUGGGUGGCUUUUAAAGGGAGUGGAUACAAUCAUGAAGGACAAUUCCAGUAAGGGCCAUUAGUUCUGAAGACUAAAUAUUAUUUCUCAGCUGGUGGUGUAUGCCUUCAAAUACAAGUUGCAGAAGAACAUCAGCAGGAUGAUUGAAUGUCUCUACCUCCUGUUUCUGUGCACUGCUGGAGCAUAGGUUGGCCAGAAAAAGCAAAAUACUGGACUAAGACAGACUUAGGUCUGAUUCAGCAGUUCUCCUCUGUGAAAAGGAUCUUGUUAUCUUAGAAUAUUAUUGUAAGGAUUUGUAACCAAAUUAGUUGCAUUAUGUAAUCCAACUCUACACUUGAAGUAUUUUUCAUUUGUAGAAAAUAUAUAGGAAAUACAUAAUAUUCUGUUAAUGCCAUAUAAAAUAAAUAAAAACAUACCUUAAUAUUUUGCAACAGAUUGAAAUUUCAUAGGUUUUCUUUGUUGUAGAGUUUAAACAGUUUGAACAGAUAACAUUAAUGAUCAAUUUAUAUCAUGGAGAGGAAUGAGGAGUAU